CACUCUUCGCCAUGUCGCAACCCACACAAGCCACGCGGAGCGACGACGAGCCAGUACCCAAGGCGGCGCAGCCGGAACGCGCGGAGUGGAAGGACUGCAUCGAGUGCCGCCUCACUGGCGCAGCAGCGUUCACGGGCGUCGGCGCAUACGCGCUCUACACUGCCGCGCAGGGAGGCGCCUUUGCACGCGUGCGUCCUCCUGGAUCACCGGUCUUCGCUAGCAAGGUGCAAGCCGCGAUCGGUGUUGUGUUCCUCGGUCUCGGCGUCGGACGUCUCUUCGUCUAACCUGCGCGCGCCAUCAUUUUCCCCAGCAUUGUAUCUGUACGCAUGUACUCUCCUCUCAGCA